GGAAAUUAGGUAUUAUUUUUUUCAAUUUCUUUAUUAUUUUAAUUCUUAAUUAAUCCAUGUUUUCUUCUCCGGUUAACAUUUCACAGUUACUACAGCUCUCUUUUCUCUCCGGCGACAAUGAUUUUUUUUUUUUUUUAAUUUUUUGAUUGAUGUUUAUGUUAAUUGGUAGAAAAUUAAUCAAUCAGAUCAUACUACAAAAAAAAUUUUGUUUAAUUUGUCAGAUGUUGAGAAGGAGGGAAGCACUGGCGUCAAACACUCCGUGCGCGGCGUGCAAGUGUCUGCGGCGGAAAUGCGUGAACGACUGCAUCUUCGCCCCGUACUUUCCGCCAAACGACCCCCAGAAAUUCACGAACGUCCACAAAGUGUUCGGCGCGAGCAAUGUGAGCAAGAUUCUCCACGAGCUCCACCCUCGAUUGAGGGAGGACACAGUCAAAUCGCUCGUCUUCGAGGCGGAGUGCCGCCUCCAGGACCAGGUGUACGGUUGCGUAAAGCACAUCUAUUUCCUACAGGAGACUAUGAAGAAACUUCUAAACGAAAUCCAAUCCCGCAAAAUGGACUUGACCAGAUAUAUGGGGCCUCAGGCCAUGCUGGUGGGGACCCCGCACGAUCCUCACCGUAUCGAGAUGCAGCAGAUCGUCGCCCACGAACAACAACAGCAGCAACAACAACAAUUGAUGUUGCAUCAUCAACUGCAACAACAGUUGCUGCUGAAUGAUGCGGUGAGCUUUAAUGACGUGUUUGAUGGUCCUGGAAAUGAAAAUUCGGUUACGGCAUCUGGUUUUAAUCAGAUGCCCGCGGCCGCGGUUGAUGUGGUGCAACCUCACACGGUGGGUUUGGAUUGUUCUUACGGUGAUCACCUCCAAACGCAGACUCCGCUGCAGCAAGAGCAACGACAAACUUUUUGUGAUUCUGAUAAGCAACCAAUAAUCUAA